ACAAUGAUUCUUCACCGUCGUGGGAUUAGACUACUUGCCAACAGAGCAAUAAACUUGAGUGGAGAAAGAGAAUGCAUGGUUCCCGAUAUAGAGCAGAGCUUACUUGCUCAGCCCCGGAAAGAGAAAUAUGUCAUUGGAGACGUGUUGACAUUCUCCUGUAGAAACAGACACCUCACUCUCAUCGGAGCAGACUCUCUUCAGUGCUACCACUUUGGAUGGUCCCGUAGUCCUCCGACAUGUAAAGAGAAAGUACAGUCCUGUGACAAACCUCCUCGACUCCCCAACGGGACAGUGGCAGACACACCUAAAGGGGAAUAUGAACACGGUGAGGUGGUGGAGUAUGUGUGCAACCCCAGGUUCCUGAUGAAGGGUGCGAGGAAAAUUCAGUGCGUUGAUGGAGAGUGGACACCCUUGCCCGUGUGUGUUGAGGAGGACAGUACAUGUGGAGACGUACCUGAGCUGGACCACGGCGAGGUCGUGUCCCCAGCACGGCCCUCCUAUCACCAUGGAGAGUCAGUAGAGUUCACUUGCGGAGAAGGCUUUACAAUGAUUGGUCACAGCUCAGUUACAUGCAUUAGGGGAACGUGGACCCAACCACCUCAGUGCAUUGGUGAGAAGAUACUAUUUUUGACUUACAAUUUUUCAUCAAGAAUUCUGAUUUUAAUAUUUUUAGAAGCGCCACGAUGUCCACCACCACCUCAGAUUCCCAAUUCUCAACAUAUGGCCCUUUCAGUGAAUUUUCAAGAAGGAGAAAAAAUAUCUAUUCUCUGUCAAGAAAACUUUCUAAUCCAGGAAGGAGAGGAAAUCGUGUGCCAGGAUGGACGAUGGCAGUCAAUACCGCGCUGUGUCGAAAACACGCUGUGUUCUCAACCAUCUCAUGUAGAACAUGGAAGCAUUAUUUCAUCCAGAUCUUCAGAAGAAGGAAAAGAAACAUUGGGACCCAAGCUAUAUGCGCAUGGCACCACAUUACGUUAUAUUUGUAAGGAUGGUUUCAAAUUAUCCAAAGAAGAUGGGAUAACAUGCCACCGGGGAAAAUGGAGUGCUCCACCACAGUGUGUAGGAAUUCCUUGUGGACCACCCCCUGAGGUUUCCAAUGCUGUUGUAUUUGGCAGAUUAAACAGUUAUCCACAUGGGGGAAAAUAUACGUACACCUGUAACAUUGGAUUUCAGAUUCAGGGACCUGCCUAUGUGGAAUGUUCAGGAGGAAAAUGGUCCAGUCCACCAGAAUGCACAACAAAGACUUGUUCUAUCCCACCCAGCUAUGACAACGCCAUCCUCGUGGGCCAGCCGAAGAACUCAUACAAGUCAGGAGAACAAGUGACUUAUAGAUGUCCAGACUAUUACCAAAUGGAUGGAUCCAAUAUUGUACAGUGUAUGAAUGGCAGGUGGAUAGGAACACCCACAUGCAAAGAUCUCUCCUGUGGCAGCCCUCCCACAGUGCAAAAUGCCUUUAUACCAAACCAGAAGCCUAGGUAUCAACAUAGGGACACAGCACGUUAUGAAUGCAGGCGCCCUUUGGGCCUCUUCAGGAAUGCAGUGGUGACAUGCUUAAGAGGGAAUUGGACAGACCCACCUGAGUGCAAGGAGUCCACAGGACAAUGUAAGCCCCCUCCUGCUAUUGACAAUGGAGACAUUACCACGGAUCCAUUAGCAGUCUACGCUCCCGGGUCUUCAGUGGAGUAUCAAUGCCAGGCCUACCAUGAACUUGAGGGAAACAGGAGAAUAACAUGCCUUGAUGGACAGUGGUCUGAGCCACCCAAAUGCUUAGCUCUCCCCUGUGGCAGCCCUCCCACAGUGCAAAAUGCCUUCAUACCAAACCAGAAGCCUAACUAUAGACAUGGGGACACAGCACGUUAUGAAUGCAGGAACUCUAGGGGCCUCUUCGGGAAAGCAGUGGUGACAUGCUUAAGAGGGAAGUGGACAGACCCACCUGAGUGCAAGGAGCCCACAGGACAAUGUGGGCCCCCUCCUGCUAUUGACAAUGGAGACAUUACCACGGAUCCAUUAGCAGUCUACGCUCCCGGGUCUUCAGUGGAGUAUCAAUGCCAGGCCUACCAUGAACUUGAGGGAAACAGGAGAAUAACAUGCCUUGAUGGACAGUGGUCUGAGCCACCCAAAUGCUUAGGUCUCCCCUGUGGCAGCCCUCCCACAGUGCAAAAUGCCUUCAUACCAAACCAGAAGCCUAACUAUCGACAUGGGGACACAGCACAUUAUGAAUGCAGGAACCAUUUGGGCCUCCUCGGGAAUGCAGUGGUGACAUGCUUAAGAGGGAAGUGGACAGACCCACCUGAGUGCAAGGCAAUGACUUGUCCUAGCCCACCCAGCUAUGGCAAUGCCAUCCUUGUAGGCCGGAACAAGAACUCAUACAAGUCAGGAGAACAAGUGACUUAUCGAUGUCCAAAAUAUUACCAAAUGGAAGGAUCCAAUGUUGUACAGUGUAUGAAUGGCCGGUGGAUAGGAACACCCACAUGCAAAGAUCUCUCCUGUGGCAGCCCUCCCACAGUGCAAAAUGCCUUUAUACCAAACCAGAAGCCUAGAUAUCGACAUAGGGAAACAGCACAUUACGAAUGCAGGAACCCUUUGGGCCUCGUCGAAUAUGCAGAAGUGACCUGCUUAAGAGGGAAGUGGACAGACCCACCUGAGUGCAAGGAGUCCACAGGACAAUGUGGGCCCCCUCCUGCUAUUGACAAUGGAGACGUUACCACAUAUAUAUCACCAUUCUACGCUCCCGGGUCUUCAGUGGAGUAUCAAUGCCAGGCCUACUAUGAACUUGAGGGAAACAGGAGAAUAACGUGCCGUGAUGGACAGUGGUCUGAGCCACCCAAAUGCUUAGCAAAGACUUGUCCUAGCCCACCCAGCUAUGACAACACCAUCCUCGUGGGCCAGCCGAAGAACUCAUACAAGUCAGGAGAACACGUGGUUUAUAGAUGUCCAGACUAUUACCAAAUGUAUGGAUCCAAUGUUGUAGAGUGUAGGGACGGCAUUUGGAUAGGAACACCCACAUGCAAAGAUCUCUCCUGUGGCAGCCCUCCCACAGUGCAAAAUGCAUUCAUACCAAACCAGAAGCCUAGGUAUGGACAUGGGGACACAGCACGUUAUGAAUGCAGGCGCCCUUUGGACCUCUUCGGGAAAGCAGUGGUGACCUGCUUCAGUGGGAAGUGGACAGACCCACCUGAGUGCAAGGAGCCCACAGGAAAAUGUGGGCCCCCUCCUGCUAUUGACAAUGGAGACAUUACCACAUAUAUAUCACCAUUCUACGCUUCGGGGUCUUCAGUGGAGUAUCAAUGCCAGGCCUACUAUGCACUUGAGGGAAACAGGAGAAUAACGUGCCGUGAUGGACAGUGGUCUGAGCCACCCAAAUGCUUAGAUGCAUGUAUAAUAUCAGAAGAAAUCAUGAAAGAACAUAACAUACAGUUGAAAUGGUCAUAUGCAAAAAAAAUUUAUUCUGGAACGAAUGAUUAUGUUGAAUUUGUGUGUCGACCUCCCUAUCGUAGACUGUCACCAGCGUCUGCAUUCCGAGUACAAUGUCAUGAAGGAAAAAUGGAGUAUCCCUCUUGUGCAUAACAUGAGAGCUAUGUGGCAGUUUUCACAUUAAAAUAUAAGCCUUCAUUCAGAAUGUUUUAAUAUUAAUCUAAUUCUUCUCAAUAUAUUUUUCUAGUUGGGUGUAACUGACUUGUAUUCAUUAAUCCGAAUUCCUGUUAAAUGCCAUGUGGGAGAUGUCAUUGUAAUCUGAGACCAACGGACCACAUCUCAUAAGCAUCUCAUUAAAAUGUGACAAACCAA